GGACUUAUUCAGCGUCGGUCACAAAAAUAAAAUAAAGUCCGAAAAAAUUGAUUUUAAAAGUAUUCGACCUCGUAAAUUAGUGAUUAAGAUACCGCUGCAAAAAUGGACGGAUUAAAUUGGAGACACACAUUAGUAUCUUGGAUAAACCAAACAAAUUUCACCGAUGCGCCAAUCCAGGACAUUGCCAGUUAUGAUAUCAACGAAUUUUACAGCAAAUUCCAGGAACAAAUGUCAGAAAAACGGGAAGUCCCAGAAAAUUUGAUGGAUUUUCUGAAACGUUAUUACGUCGACUUUGAGCCGGAUUUGGAUGAAAAUGGACAAAUAGUGGUACAAGAUUACAUGUUCACGUACUCGUUAUUUCUGCAUUUUUCGUGUCUGAUGUAUCCGGAGCCCUUUUUUCACAGUAAAUGCAUCGCGCUGAAGCCAAAAUGUCAGUCGUCGAUCAAAGCGUUCCUUGAAAUCCUGUCGAAACAGGAGAAAUUCGAUAAGCAUACCUUAAGAACGGCGAUUAGGGAAGCAACGCCUGCCAAUCCGAGAUUGUCCUUUUUGCAAAUGGGAUUUAGUACGCCACAGAGAUCGCCGAAAAACUUUAAAAAUUCCCCGCCAACACCAACGUCACAAUUGCUGGAUGAGAAAGGACGCGAAGUUAAGUUGCUGAAAGCGCAGUUGGACAGCGAAAAGUACGAAAGGGGAUUUUUGGAGGUGCAAGUCAAGCAAUAUGAAGAGCGGUUGAGCAAAUUAAUGAAAGACCAGAAGACAUAUCAGCACGAAAUAAACGAAUUAAACAACAAAAUUUUGUCGCAAGAGACAGAAAACUUCUCCCCGAACCGCAAUUUCAAGGAAGAAUCGGCGAAAAAACGCUUACGCGAAAGAAUUGCUGAGAAAGACGAACAAAUUUGCGACUUAAAAUUAGACAUUGAAGCUGUUCGCCACGAUUUGACGCACAUGAAGGACAAAUACACGUACAUGGAAAAGGAAAUGCGCAAACAAAUGAGUCGCGUGCAAGAACUCGACAGCCUUGUGCUCGAUCUAGAGACAGAAUUACAAGGAAAAAUCGAGAUAAUCGAAAACCUUCAGCUGCAAAUCCAAGAUUUAGAGACGCAUAUCAGCAACAAUCGAGCUGCUGUGCCACGCGAAGUACUCGACAGCUCAGGGGACUUGCUCGAUUUCAGCUUCAACCAUGGAAAAGUCAAUUGUUUCACCGACGAAACGGAAUCCGAGAACAUGGGAGUGAUAAUUGACAUGAAAUUAAAGGAGGUUGAGCACGAAAACAACGAAUUGCGGCACGAAAUCGCCCGUCACAACGUCGAGUUUACGGCACAAAUCAAGGAUUUGCUGCUAAAAAUCGAUCCGGAAGACAAAGUUGGCGAUGCGGUGACCUUAGAGGAGCACAUCGAAGCAAUUGUCGUCGCUCACAAAUGUCUCGAUGCGAAACAUUCCGACUUGGAUGCCCGUUUGAAAGACGUUCAAGCUGAAUUGGAGUCAAAAAUGCAGGAAUUGAACGAUGUUACCAACGAUCGCAACACGUUAACUGUCGAUUUGGAGCAAACAAAGGCCGAAGUUCAGGCGUUAAGUGACUUCAAAAUGGAAACUCUCGCAAAAUUGGAGGAAAUGCGCACAAAAGCCACUGAAAUGGAUACAAAACUCGAAUUGUCGAACAAAAAAAUCAUCGAAAUCCAAUCGAAAAAUGACGAAUUAAGCAAGGAAUUGACCGCAACUCACACAAAAUCCGACAAAUUCGAGGCGGAGCUGAAAGAAAAACUUUUAGAAAUUGAAAAAUUGGAAAGGGACAUUGCUCAAACGGUGGAACGUGAAGCCGAUUUGAAUAAAAUGCACAAAAUAUUGGAAGAGGAUUACGCGAAAAUGAGUGAGUCGUGCGAAAAAUUCAAAGCAAAGUGUGCAGCGAUGAGCAAAGAAGGCCACAAACUGAACGAAAAAUUCAAAGAGACCGAAAAACGUCUAAAAGAGUCGCAGCAGGUUCAGUUACAACUGAAAACUGAUCUAGAAACCUAUCAGAAAAGUCUGGAAAGUAAAGAGGAACAGUGCAAAAUUCUCGAAAGUGACCUUAAAGCAUCCGAUGACAAGAAUAAAGUCUCCACGAACGUCAUAAAUCAACUAAAAGAGGAUGUCCAAACGAAAGAAAGUCAAAUUUCUGACUUGAAUUCCAAGUUUGAAGCUGCUUUACGUGAAAAAGAAGACGUUACGGUAACGAUGUCAGCUGAAAUUGCCGCCAAAAAGUCAGAAAUUGAUCAAUUAUCCUCAAAAUUGAGUGAAAUUAGUCAAAAAUUAAAUACAACGAUCGAAAAUUAUGAAAAGGAAAAACAAAGUUUGAGUGAUUUAAAUGUCGAAGCUCAACAAAAACUUGAAACUCUGACCCAAGAACACUCAAAAGCCAUUUCUGAAUUGAAUUCCGUCCUAAAUGAAGAACGUUCGAGCCAUUCGGAGAAAAUUUCUGCCUUGGAAAAGCUCAUUAGCGAUACAAAAGAUGAAAAAAUAUCUCUCGAAAAGAUGCUUGAGGAGUCAAAAACAGCACAGGAAAACCUCGGUAAGGAUCUUGAAAGGGUCAAAGCCGAUUUAGAAAAGGAACGCUGUGCAACGAUCAACAGUCAAGAGCUUUUAAAUAAAACUAUCGAGUCACUUCAUGCGAAAAUUCAAGAGAAAACAGCAGAAAUCGAUCAGAUUCGGUUAAAUUCGGAACUUACGGGCGACGAAAUGACACAACAAAUCAACGAAUUGCAAGUUGCGGCAAUGAAAGCAGCCGAGGAAAAGCGUGUCUUCGAGGAAAAAUCAAAAACUGAGAUGGAAACGUUAAAAGAAAGUAUCUUACGUGAAAAAUCCGCUUUAAUGGAAAACAUCACACGAGGCCUGGAACAUUUGGUUCUCGCUUUAUCGCAAGUACAACCACGAAUCAAGAUGCUCCAAGACAUGAUCGGGAAUCUCGAGUUGCAGAUAAAAGAUCACAAAGAUCAAAAUCAAAUUUUGUCCUUGAAAAAUAUUGAGCUCGAAGGAGAUCUUUCAGCAGCUAAAGACGAAAUUUCCGUGUUAGAACAAAAAAUUCAAGAUCACUCAUCGCACGUGGAAAACCUAACCUCAAAUCUCAAGGAAGCCGAAACAAAAGCACAUAACCUCGAAAAAUCCCUUUCCGAGACAAAAGACGCCCAUUCGAAGCUUUUCGAGGAAAAUAAAGACCUCAAAUGCCAAAACGAGAGUUUAUCGAAUGUCGCCACGCGUUACAGUCAAGCCAUCGACACCGGAAAUCGUCAAAUCGAGGAACUAACGAACGACUUGAGCAACACGUCGCAAGAACUGGAACACGUGCGCUCCGAAAAAAUCAGCCUUGAAACGGAAAUUCGUUCGCAUUUGCAGCACAUCAGUCAGCUGGAGACGGAUUUGAACGCCGCCGAGACCGAGAUUCGUCAAAUGAACGAAAAAUUGCAAGAAAGAUGUGCGGAAAUUGAGAAAUUCCAAGGUCUUUGCUCCACAGAGACGAAAUUAGUAGAAAGUUUGAACAACGAAUUGGACUUGAAUAAAGCGGAAAAAUGUGCCUUAACUGAAAGUGUGAAGCAACUCGAGUCAGAAUGCGCUGUAAUGGCGGAAAAAUUGGAUGAAUUCAAGCAAAUGCACGAAAAAAUUACCGCGGAAAAGGUUUCCUUGGAAGAACAAGUCGCUUCAUUGCUCGACGAAAAAUCCGUUUUGAUCCAAUCGCUCGAUAAGCUCUCCAGCGAACAUCAAACCGUGAUGGAGGAAAAUGAUGCCAUCAACGAGAGCAACAAAAAAGUCAUCGCCAAGCUCGAACUAAUUGCCAUCCAGAAACAACAAACGUCCAAAAACAUCGCUGCGUUGAAGGAAUCCGUUCAGAUGCUCAAAAAGGAGAAUCAACAGUUGCGGGACGAAGUCAAAACAGCAGUUGAGGAAAAUUUCAAACUUGUAGCGGAAAAAAUGAAGGAUUUGACAGUUUUUGAGACAGUUGGCACGCAAGUCGAUACUCUCAAGAGCGACGUUGAAGCUCACAAAACCGCGAAUCAAGAGUUGAUCGAGAAAAAUAAAGAGUUUGGGAAGCAAAUUCAAUCGUUGCAGCAAGAAAUUGACUCACUCCGAUCGACUGAAGACGCUUUACAAGCAAAACUGGAAGCAAUUACGGCUGAAAAAGAUGAAAUCCACAAAAAAUUCGAAGGUUUAAGUGAAAAACAUCGACUUUCGCAACAAGAAAUGGAAGAAAAAGACAUCGAAAUUCGCGAAUUGAACCAAAAAUUGGACGAAAAUCAAGCGGAACUUGUCAAAAAGGAGGGCGAACGGAAUUUAUUCGAAGCUGAAGUUAAAAAUAAAGAACAGGAAAUCGAAAAAUUACGAAUUCAAAUCGCGGAUCAAGAGAAAUUGGCACAAGAAAAGGAAGGAGACUUACAAGAAGUUACCGAAAAAUUGGCGAAACUCAAUGAAAAGGAAAUUUCCAUACUUGGAGACAUCCAAAAGCUUCAGGAAACGAACCAAAAUCUCAUUUCCCAAGUCGAAGAAAGUCAAAGUCAGUUGGAAAUUUUGCGAAAAUCGCUUGAAAGUCGAGAAUCUGAAGUCGCGGAGCUGCGAAAAGAAGUUUCAGGACUCGAACAGGAGAAAUCCUUGUUGGAACGGGAACAAAAACGCAUCGAAGAAGACCGAAAAUCGAUUGAAGAGGAGUCAUCUCGCGUCAAACAGGAGCUAAACGAUCAUCAAGCAACGUUACAAGCGGAAAUUGCCGCCUUAAAUCUCGAAACGUCGCAAUUAAAGGAGGAAAAUCACAAAUUACAACAAACAAUUUUCAGUUGCGAACAAAAAUUACGCGAAUCUGAGUCAACACUCGAUAAUUUACGCAUCAAAUCCCAAACGGAAGUCACGGAAUUGCGAAUCGCCCAUGAUAACAUUCACUCUGAACUGACAAAAGCCAAGGAACAACUCGAGGAUAUUCAGAACAACGUGAAUUCUUUGACGCAACAAAAUCUAGAUUUGACAGCAACUAAUGAAAAAAUGCGACUUGAUAAUGAAACACUCAUCAAAUCCAACGAAGAAUUGCACGUGAAAUAUGUGGCGAUGUGCGAGGCGUCGAGCAGUAAAGCCGAUAUCGAGCGUCUUGAGAGGCAAUUUAAGGAAAGUGAUGCCGAAAAGGCCAAACAAAAUGAGAAAAUAAUGGAAAUGUUCAAAAAGAGUCAGCAACUGAGUCACGAAAUUAUGGAAUACAAAGCGAAGGAGGCGAAAAUGAUACAAGAUAUCAACAUCUUGAACGCCAAAUUGCAUAAACAUCGUGAUUACUCGAGUGUGAAGGAGAAGGAGUACGAGGAAAAAAUUGCGGAACUGCAAGGAAAGCUCGAAAUGCGUUGUAAAGUCGCAGAAACGCAAGCUGUGGAGAUACGAGCGGAUCUGGAAGGUCGUUUGCAGAAAAUGAAAGAAAAAAUGACAAUGAUGCACAACGAGGAUAUCGCUCGUGUCAAGGGAGUUCACAAGCAAGAGUUGUUGGAAUUGCGUCACGAACACGCCGAAGUGCUUGCAAAAUACGAAAAAUUACGCGCCACAUCGGAAAAACUCUCGAAACAGCUUCACGUGAAAAACGACGAAAAUCUCGAUUUGCUUAAGCAAAACAAAUUCAUGGAAAAUAAAAUUCGUCUCAUGGAAAAUCCAAGCGAGAGUGGAUCAACGCGAAGUUUUGCGGUGAAAAAAACAAUGCCGCCCCCUGCUUUUGGCAAUAUGAAGAUGGAAGACGAGCCGGGUGAGGAAUUUGACAACACUUACUUGGCAGACCUCAAAAUGGGUCGCAUGCCGGAUGAUUUUGGCCGAAGCAGUAUUGCGUUGUCCGAAAUUCAGCGUCGAAACUCGCAAUGGCAACCACACAUGAGAAGUGCCUAUGCUGGAGUGUUCAAUGAUGAAGUUGGCGAAGAUGAAAUUCGGGAUGGAAUUCCUUUGGGAGCAAAUGACAGUCACAUGAGUCUCUUGAGCAACGGACAACCAAAAGGCAAGAAAAUUGGCGGCAAAACGGCAUAUCAUCGUCCAGGACCUCCAACUCCCAGCAAAAAUGCAGGACGAUUGUCAUUCGAGCCAGGUGAGGGCCCUCGUCUCUCGUUGCCGCCAACAAAAGAGGAAAAACCCGGCUUUAGGAUGUUCCGAUCGACCAAAAUUAAAGACGAGUCUUCGUCGCCGGAAAUGGAUUUGGCUACCAUACUUCGUCGUCCCGUCGUUGCCACAAAGAAGCCUGACGUCAUUCCCGUCAUCGCCGCCGAGCAUCAUGUAACCAAAAGACGUCAAAAGGACUUCAACGGAAACCAUCCGGACUUUAAAGAGCUAUUGACUGUCGACGAUUACACGCAAUAUCGCGACAAAUCCCCGUUUUCCGAGAACGAAGAAGACUCUGCGACGGAAGAAGACUUUGAAUUGCUCCCGAAUUUCGAGGAAUUCCCGGUUCACGGAAUGCCCGACGAGAGUUUUGAUGCUGCGGCGCUCAACGAAACCGAUGCGACAGCUUGUUGCCCACUUUUGGUGCGACGUCGCAGCUUUGGGCGCAAAGAAAAUGCCCGAAUUUCACGCGAAGACUUCAAACGAAAGUCGCAGGAAAAGCGAAUUGUCAACUUUAACAAUGCACGUGCCAAAGCCACGUCGCUCCGUGAUACCUCGAGUAGCACCGUGUCGUCCGUGGGCUCGGAUGUGAUGCCAAAUGAACGCGAAAUUAACUGUAAUGCACAUAAAAUUAAGUUAAAUGAACGCGAUUCGGACACAAUUAACACCACGUGUGACUUUGAAACACUAAUGCAUGCUAAAAUUUCAGAAAUCGACUUCAACGAGGCCAUUGACGCUGCGCCAGAGGAUGACAGUACGACAAAUGACCAGUUUAAUGGGUCUCGGGACUUUACAAUAAACACGCACACGGACUUUUUCAGCGAAAAACGCGUCGAUGUGGCGCCCUUUUACAUCAGUAGUCGAUUACCGCAACUCAGCAGACCCUCGGAAGUGUUCCUUAUCCCGCGAAAUGUAACAUUUACCGUAAAAAAUCAACCAACCGUCUCCACCAAAGAUACAAAUACGAGAAAUUUGCAUCUUUUAUCGGCUCUCGUGAUAGUUUUAAUGCUAGUUUAUAUCUUAUUAUUGUGAUAAAACUGUUUUUUUUUGUAACUUAGUCUGUAACUUUUAAUAUAUUGUCAAAAAUCACCAAAAAA